GCGCGCACACCAGAGGGUGGGCAAGAUGCACGUUUUCUGCCUCGGGGAGCCCACUGAUCUCUCGUCGGACUCGCGCGUAAAAUCUGCUUGACGCGCUCUCGUUCGCGUUCAUUUGGGUUAAAAAGGAUGGAGAACACGAGCGCUCCGGAGGAGCUCAACCAUACCCUGGGCGUGUGGACGGACUACAGCGUGGCGUACAAGGUGGUCAGCACGGUGGUGCUGCUGCUUAUCUGCUCGGCGGGCAUGGUGGGCAACGUGAUGGUGGUGCUGGUGGUGCUGACCACCAAGCACAUGAGGACGCCCACCAACUGCUACCUGGUCAGCCUGGCCGUGGCCGACUUGAUGGUGCUGGCGGCGGCAGGCUUGCCCACGGCCGCGGACGGCGUGUUCGGGUCGUGGGUGUUCGGCCACUCGGGGUGCCUGUGCAUCACCUACCUGCAGUACCUCGGCAUCAACGCCUCGUCGUGCUCCAUCACCGCCUUCACCAUCGAGAGGUACAUCGCCAUCUGCCACCCCAUCAAAGCCCAGUUCCUAUGCACGCUGUCCCGCGCCAAGAAGAUCAUCCUCCUGGUCUGGACCCUCACUUCCGUCUAUUGCGUCAUGUGGUUCUACCUGGCCGACCUGCAGGUGCUGGUCUACGACAACGCCACCGUCACGACGUGCGGCUACCGCGUCUCCAGGAAGUUCUAUCUGCCCGUCUACUUCUUCGACUUCGGCGUCUUCUUCGCGGUGCCGCUGCUACUGUCCGCCGUGCUGUACGGGCUCAUCGGGCGCAUCCUCUUCCUCAACCCGCUGCCCUCCGACACCAAAGACCGCCACAACAACAACGAUGGCGGCAAGAAGAGCAGCGGCUGCAGGAACUCCAGCUCCACUGCAGCCUCCAGGAGACAGGUGACCAAGAUGUUGGCGGUGGUGGUGGUUCUGUUCGCCAGCCUGUGGAUGCCGUACCGUACGCUGGUGGUGGUCAACUCCUUCCUGGACCGACCGUAUCUGGACAGCUGGUUCCUGCUCUUCUGCCGGGUGUGCGUCUACCUCAACAGUGCCGUCAACCCGGUCAUCUACAAUGCCAUGUCGCAGAAGUUUCGCGCUGCCUUCCUCAAGAUCUGCCGCUGUGGACGCCAGCAUGCCGACAAACCGGCCGCCGCCUACAGCGUGGCGCUGAGCUACAGCACCGCCAAGGACACGUCCAUGGCAGAGAGCACUGAGCACUUCACCACCGACCUGGAGGAGCUCACAGUCGCCGACGACCUGCUGUCAGAGCACAAGGACAGGUACACCGGCUCCUGUUCUUAUGGGAAAGUGGACUUCAAGCUUGAGGCUUGAGUCCAGGAGAAGGUUCUUCGUAGAGUUCUUUGAGAGUGACUGACAUUUUCCAAAGACUGAAGAGCAGAUACAGCAAAGGUUGUACAGAUGCUAUCUUGGGUCACUCGUUUUAUGCCAACAAGUUAAGUCAGCAGACUCAUACAUGAGAACUUUCCACAGACCAGGACAAAAACGACUGGACACAUUCACCAAAGGCCAUCAGAUCAGUUCAGGUUGGUUAUCUGGGAUGAAAGGAUUCCAUUAUGUCUUCUGACAUCGUGGAAUGUAACAUUAGAAGUUCAUGUAAAUGUGUAUUAGAGUAUUGUAACUACAGUAUAUACUACUGUAGUACGUACAGUGGAACAUAUGAAGUCAGUCCCGUUUAUGUCAACAACCUGUCUGGCAACUCAUCAAGUCCUGGACCACCGUGUUCUUAUUAUUACUAAAAAAAUGCCUUGCAUAAGUCGACAUUGACACACAUGGUCAACAACUAAGAAAUGGACAUUUGUAUGAUAAACGGGUCUGUUUAUGUCAACAUGACUUGCAGUAUUGUCAAUUUCAUCAUUAUCACUUAGCAGCGUGAAAUGACAACUACUGUCACGCAGCAUUAAAACCUGCAGUGACUUCCUGUUUAGUGCAAAAUAAGCUUCAAAAUAAAAGCAUGGCAGUAUCGGCAAAGAUUCUACAUAAAUUUCAUUUCAUUUUUUUUUUUUUUUUUAAGGUUUUUAGCCAGAGAAAGAUUUGCGCAUGUACGGAAGCUUUAUUGUCUCAAAGGAAAUUAAAAAUAACAUAAUAAAAUAACAUAAUAGGAAUAGGAAGAUGCAGGAUGAGCAACUGCCUUAAAUUGACAAAUCCUUAAUUAUCGCACAUAAUCCUCAUGUCUUUGGCCAAAGUCACAAGUAAAUGGGCAAGCAAUGGCCAGGUUUGGUUUCGGUUAUGUCCACAACCGCUUAUGUCAGCCUGUCCGAGGGGCGUCACGAUAAGCGGCUUCCACUGUACACCUUUUACCCAUACCUGUCAACAUUUACAUUUGAAAAUAAGGGACAUUUUCCGGAAAAUAAGGGAGAAAGUCAUCCUCCCCCUCACCCACCGAAGCAACAAAAACGUAACGGCCAAGGUGGAAAGACCCGACUGCCCACUGCCAAUGCAACCUGCCAAUGCAACGCACCAUUGCACUCGCAGAUUGCUGUUGCUCAAGAAUGGAUACCGUUACCACUGUCACCUGCAGUCCUGGAGAGGAUUGUAGUUAUUUUUUUUGAUGAAAGAUUUACUGGAAACUAUUGAAGAGGGAGGGCGAUGAGAAAGAAGGGCAAAAUACAGGAGUUUCCUGGGGAAAAUGGAGGGUUAGCAGGUAUGAUUUGUGAUUUUUCCACACAAACACUUUAUUUGAAGACUUUUUUGAGGGGAAAACGCUUACCUGGAAGACUUUCCAAAACUCCAAAUUGUAGAAUUUUCAUGCCACAAUUUUUGUUUGUGUCAAGAAAAAAAAGUGUUUUGUUUGUUUACUUGCUUGGUAUGUUUAUAUUUAAGUGUGUCUUUACCAGUUUCCUUGAUUUGUCAUCAUUGUGUGCCUUUUCCCCUAAACAACUUUCUUCUGCCUUUUGAUGGGUUAAAACGCCGUGCACUAUUGGUUAUAGCAGUGUUGCUUUGGCCUGUGCUUGACAGCCUGCAAAUGUGUUCUCAAGUGAACUCAGAUUUAAACCCCACAGUUAAUUGGAGUUAAUCUGGUUAGACAGGGGUGUCCAAAUUGAGGGCCGGGUGCUAUUUAGGGCCAGCAGUUGUUUUUUUUUAUUAUUGACCUCAGAGGAAUAUUUUAUGAAUAAAAUUAAACAUUAAAUAUUAUGGAGGAGGUUUAUGGUCACAUUAAAAAGAGAAAAGGGUGAAAUAUUGAAUGUUUGAACCAGAUACCAACAACAAUUCUAACAAUUCUAAUUCUUCACAUACAUUUAACAGUUUAGCACGGGGGUGUCCAAACCUUUUCCAGUGAGGGCACCAUAGUGAAAAAUGAAAGGAUGUAACCUGUUUUUUCCCCAUGUUUGUGGUUGUUUUUUUAAAUUUUCCAAAUAUUUCACCUUUUUUCUUAAAUAAUCUUCAUAAAUUGUCUUCUUGUAAUAUUAUGACUUUAUUCACAGAAUAUUUCGAAUUUAUUCCCAUAAUAUAACUUUUUCCCCAGCCUAAUUUACCCAAAAACUAUGACUACUUAUGACUUAAAAAAAAACAUUUUUUCCUUAAUAGUUCAACUUGAUGUUACUAAAAUGACAUUAUUGUUUCUCAUAUUACUAGCAUUCAUAAUAUUACUAGUUUAUUCCCAUAAAAUUGCGAAAUUUUUGUCUUUAAUAUUUUAACUUAUUCUCAUAAAAUUAAAUUUUUUUUUAUCGUUGCUGUUUUUAUUUUUAAUUUCCAACUAUUUCAAAUUUCCUCUUGUGAAUUUUCUUGUCAUAAUUAUUACAUUAUUGCCAUAAUCUUGACUUUAUUGUGGUAACAUAACUUUUUCCGCAACCAAAUUUUCUUCUCAAACUUUAUUCGUUUUGUUUGUUUUUCAUAUUACAACUUAAAAAAAUGUCUUACUUUAAUAAUUAACCUUUUACACUACUAUAAUUAUGAUAUAGCAGCAUAAUAGAUUAUUUUCUUGUAUGCUAUUCUUGUAAAAUUACAACUUUUUCUCAUAACAUUUUUCUGUCAAUAUUUUGAUUUUAUUGUUAUAAAAUUACUGCAGGUUUUUCAAAUUUUUGUUGUUGCUUUUUUAGUUUUCUUGUUAAAUUCUAUUUACAAAUGUGCUGCGGACCAAUAAAACACUGACGCGUGGCGCAAAUCAUCCCCAGGCCACACUUUGGACACCCCUUGCUUAGUAUAAUUUCAUCCACACUGGUGUGAUUUUUGCAUGUUUAAUUAAAAUAAAUGCAGAAAGAAAAGUGAAAAUAAAAUAAUAUUUGGACACUCCUGGUUUAGAAUAACCAUUGGACAUCCUAACCAACGAAAAAAAUGCGACAAUGGCGAUGGAAGAGGGGCCUUUGUGGAACGGUCCAGGUCUCCUAGCAACCGUAUCCCUGAAUGACACGACGUUAAUGAAGUCCAAACUAAUGCAGCGGGUGUAGUGUCUAAUGACGCCCCUAUCAGUAGGAUGUGUGGCAUGUGGCUGUUCUUCAUUGGUGCUCGCUGGUGACGUGUUUGUCAUUGUAGACAGUGUGAACUCUUGCGAUAGUUGUUUUUAAUUAUUUAUUUUCAUGAAAGACGUUUGUUUUGCUGCUGUUCCGUGGUUAUUUCCGUGUAUAUUUGUGCAUUGGUGAAGUGCAGAUGAAAUAUAAUUGGCUGCAGAUAAACAGUGUUUCAUUGUUUGCAUGUGUGUGUGGAGUAUGUUGAUUGCAUGCAUGUUUUCACGCACACCGUGUGCAAGCCUGUGCUUAAAUGAUGUGAUGUUUAUGGCAGGAAAAAAGUGUAUUUUUAUAUUCAAUGAGGCUCAUUAUUGCCCGUCAUGGACACAUGGAUGCACAUGGAUGUAGUUGUAUAAAAUGUACGCUACUCCUGUUGCUUACUGUAAAACUGUGCUGUGUUGUAAAUAAAGUUGU